UGGACAACAAAUGUCCGGCAUUCUGACAAUCUGUCAACUUAUAGUUGUUUUAGAUUUUUUUAAAGAGAUGAGAUAAUUGUUCGUUAUUUUAACAAUGGGGUUUAUCGAGGACACUUUUAUUAUUCUUGUCACACAGGGUUAUUUUCUUGCAGAUAUUAUUUUUCCUAGGCGGAUGGGUGUUUUUUGUGAAGAAAUUAUUCCGAGAUUACGAGGUCCACCACAGACUGGUUCAAUUGAUAUUCUCAUCAACAUUCGCGUUAUCCUGCACCAUGUUUGAGUUGAUCAUCUUUGAGAUUGCGGGCAUCCUAGAUUCUAGUUCUAGAUAUUUUCACUGGAAUGUGGGGCUCUACAUGAUACUUUUCAUGGUCAUUGUGUUGAUACCAUUUUACAUUGCCUAUUUUAUCAUCAGCAACAUUGGUUUUGUUAGAAAAAACUUGGUUCGUCCCCUGACCUUUUUAAUAUACCUCUGCUACCUCUAUUUAUUCUGGAAAGUAGGCGAUCCCUUUCCAAUCCUCAGCCCCAAGAAAGGUCUGUUAUCGAUAGAACAAGGAGUGAGUAGAAUCGGAGUGAUCGGAGUCACUGUAAUGGCUCUGUUAUCCGGCUUUGGUGCUGUCAACUACCCAUAUUCAUCGAUGGCGUAUUUCAUGAGGCCCGUGUCGUAUGCAGACCUCCAAGCAAUCGAGAGGAGACUCUUGCAAACGAUGGACAUGAUCGUUGCUAAAAAAAAGAGAAUAGCACUGGCUAAGAAAGGGGAUGUUGUCUCGCAUUCGGACAAUCGCUCAAGACUCUGGGGGAUGCUGUCGCCGUUGACGAGCACUAAAGGACACCAAGAAAACAUCAAACAACUGCAAUCAGAGGUCUCAGGCCUUGAGGAAUUAUCACGUCAGCUGUUUCUAGAGACUCAUGACAUUCAGAACGCCAGGGAACGACUGGAGUGGGCAGCCACCUGGCAAGGAAAAUACUUCAACUUUUUAGGAUACUUUUUCUCAAUCUACUGCACGUGGAAAAUUUUCAUCUCAACGAUAAAUAUCGUUUUUGACCGAGUGGGAAAGAAAGAUCCAGUGACUCGAGGCAUAGAAAUCGCCGUCCACUGGAUCGGCUUCAACAUCGACGUGACAUUCUGGUCCCAACACAUAUCCUUUUUCCUCGUCGGAUGCAUCGUAGUCACAUCCAUUCGCGGUCUCCUCCUGACACUCACCAAGUUUUUUUACGCCAUAUCCAGCAGCAAGUCUUCCAACAUUAUAGUGAUGAUACUUGCCCAGAUAAUGGGAAUGUACUUUGUCUCGUCAGUCCUACUGAUGCGAAUGAACAUGCCAGCCGAGUACAGAAUGAUAAUAACCCAAGUACUCGGUGAUCUUCAAUUCAACUUUUAUCAUCGAUGGUUCGACGUUAUAUUUUUAGUAUCAGCACUAUCAUCAAUUGUCUUUUUAUAUUUGGCUCACAAACAAGCCCCCACCGAACGUUUAUGAAGAUAAUAAAAGUUCUCGUUGUCUA